AUGGAGGAUGUUAUCAAAGUGAAGGAAUUACAGUUUGAAUUGAAACCUUCCAGUCUAAAUAGGGAAGCAUUAUACAAAGCCCAAGCAGAUCUGAAUAGGUAUUUACACUUAGAGAAAGAAUACCAGAAGCAGAAAUAUGGAAUGAGGUGGUUCAAGGAUGGUGAUAGAAAUACUAAAUUCUUUCAAAAUUAUGUCAAAGGAAGAAGAAAGAAGCUGGAGGCAGUGUCCUUUUAUCAAAACCAGUUCAGACAUGAAGGUACUUCUGAUGACUAUGAAAUGUUACAGAAAAUUCCUAAGCUGAUCACUGAUGGACAAAAUGAGGAGUUGACAGCUUUACCUAGUAAUGAAGAGGUUAAGCUAGUAGUUUUUGGAUUAAAUGGCGGGGGGUUACAGAUCUCUUAUACUACCAUCGAUCGACAGAGCGGAACGGUCGCCACUUCUCCCAGGACCGGAAUGAUUAUCCGUGAUAGGACUAGUGGUCCAGUUUCAGGACACUUUUUUCAAACCUGUUGGCAUAUCAUAAGUGAAAAUGUGACUAAUAUGGUGAGGGAUUUCUUUUGUGGGCAGGAAUUGCCAAGGUUUAUAACUCAUACAAAUCUUGUGCUCAUACCAAAGAAAGAAGUUAUUAACACUUUUACUGAUAUGAGGUCUAUUAGUCUAAGUACAUUUGCAAACAAAAUUAUUUCUAGAGUGUUGCAUGAAAGAAUUAUUCCACUGUUGCCUGGCAUUAUCUCUAACACUCAGAUUGGUUUUGUUAAAGGAAGAAGCAUAGUAGAGAAUGUUUUACUAGCACAAGAAAUUACACAUUAA